UAAAUGCCUAUAAAUACAAACAAUAUUCGACGUUAUGGAGUAAGAAUUGGCAGCAGGCCGAUAGUGUCCAGGACACAGCAGGAUCAUUGAUCACAUAUUCACACACGCACGCACACGCGUACUCUCUCUCGCUCACACACGUGCACGUACGCUGAGACGCGCGCGCGCGCACACACUGUCUGUGAAUGGCUGCUCCACAGCAGCCAAUGGCAUAGCACCGGAUGCGUGAUAUCCGCUGCAACAACAAGCGCUCUGUUUCGUCCCCCUCCUUCCAGCCUGACGCCAUUUACAGUCCAAAUCCCGACCUCCACUCCGGAAAGACCCAGGGAACAAAAAUGUGCGCACGCACGAGAAAAACUCUCUUUGCAGCCUUUUUGGAGCUUUACGCACGAAACGCGGAGUACGAGAAGUUUUUUCUGAGCGCGACCAUUUCCUCCUCCAUGUUGCAGGGAAAGUGAAGUCGGACUGAUUUCACUGUCUGAACUUCAGCUCUCACCAGCCUCGUGGUUUUUGCGUGUAGUAGAAAAGAAAACACUCGGGAUUCAGCAUUUCCUUCGUGCGUAAAUGGAGUAAAGGCGCAACGUUUGGAAACUUUCUCAAUGGAUUUGACCGAGUGAGUGGGUGCAGUAGUGAAUAGUAUAUCACUUUCUUCUCACGCACACACACACUGGAUUUCUUUUUUUUCCUAGAGAGGAGCUAAAGCGACGGAAGCACGGACUUCAGAUGUGUCCCACGCCAGCCAGAGUGGCCCUUCAGUUCCACCAUGGAUUCCAGAAGUCCGAACGACAGCGACGGGGGACGAGAACGCCAAGGACAUUCACCAGGCUCUCAGCAUGACGAAGGGAGGCCACAUCAAUGGCCUCCACAAACACUGGAUGAUCCUCAACAUCUUGGGCUGUUAAACCGACAGCCGGUGCUGUCUCUGGAUCAGAUUAGAAUAACUGGGAGCUGUAAUGAGUACACAGAAGCGCCCACGGUAGCACAGAGAUCUCCAGCGUCUCAGCAAAAGCAGCAAAAGGAUGACCAAGUGUUGUCACACAGUUCAAGGACAGGGCAACAAGAAUCGCGAGAAGAAGAGCCUAACAACCUCCGAAACCUGCAUCUAUUGACCCAGCCAGAAAAUGCAAGCACGGAAACACCCUACAUGGAGGAAGACACCCAGACCAUUAGGACCAGUAUAGAAAGCAGCUCAUCAUCUCAGAGGCUCAUUAUUAAUAAUGAGCAGAUCAUCAGUUCCCAGCCUAAACGUUCUGAGGUUAUUCCAGAAGAGCUGAAACCCCUGAAUAGUGAGUCCGCUGAAGUGAUGAUCACUGCAGGCAGCGCAGGCUUCAAACAUGUGGAUGAGCACUCAAACAAGUGCGAGGACUGUGGCAGGUGCCAGUGCUCAGAGUGCACUCACACCCGGGGACUGCCCGCCUGCUGGAUGUGUGGCCGGCGGUGCAUGUGCUCUGCGGAAACUGCCGUUGAGUAUGGAACGUGUGUGUGCUGCGUGAAGGCGCUCUUCUACCACUGCUCCAGCGAUGACGAGGACACGUGCACGGACAAGCCCUUCUCCUGCACUCAGUCCCACUGCUAUGUCCGCUGGACCACCAUCUCGCUCCUCUCCCUGCUCUUCCCCUGCCUCCUCUGCUACCUCCCAGCUAAAUGUUGUGUGACCAUGUGCCAGAGCUGCUACAACCGGGUCACCCGACCCGGCUGUCGGUGCAAAAAGGCCAAUCAAGUCCACUGUGAGGUUAGCAAGCUACCCUAGAAGCAAGAACACGGGAAGACUUUGUCUUGUGACGGUGUCUCUCAUGUGUGUUGUGAAAACAGUCUUCUGUUUCAGCAUCUGAUCUGCUUUCAUUUUGGUCAUUUUCUCUCAGUUCGUGUCUGACAGAGGCCUGAAGGUACAUUUGCUGACCCUCAGUCAAACCAAAAUAAGCGCUUCAUUUUCAACUACUGUUCAGUUCAGAAGAAAAGAUGAGAAUAUUGUUCUCACUUGGACACAUGUAGAGGUGCAUAGCCUUUUGUUUUAACAUGUACUUAACAUGCUAAGAAUAUGCUCCUGACUAACUGUAUGUAAAAUAGCCAAUGUGGUGUACAUCAGAAAGAUGUUUUAUUUUUGUACAUAAUAAUAAUAUUUCAACUGUGAAACGUUUUUCUUCUGCCACAGAUGGACACCUUGAUGAAUCCACAUUCUUCUGAAUUGGUAAUUCUCAUUCAUUAAUGUCAUGUACAUCAAACACACUGGUGUAUAUCACAAGGGGAAAAAAAUCUCACUCCUGUUACUUGUAUAUUGUACAGUGAUCUUUUAUGGAUAAAAUGUAUUUUCUAAUUGCUUCAUAGCUUAGUGUAAAGUUAAAAUUAUAUAUUUAUUUGAAGGUUUUAUUUUAAAAUGACAUAUUUAUUUUCAGCGUUUGCUGCAGAGCAGAGAGUGUCAGAGACGGGUGAAUAGUUAAUUGUGAAUUAGACAAAUAUAUUAACGUUUGGAAUUAAACAACCUUAAAAUCUG